GCCCAAGCCCAGCUCCACUAUUAAUAAAUUAAAAUAGUGCAUUCUUCUUCUUCAACCUAGGGAUUAGCCGAUUAGGUUUUGUUCCUGAUCGAUUGAGGGGGAGCGAAAGGAGAACAGAGUCGCGACGACAGAGAAUAUGGCUACUCAUCAGGAUGCUUACCCGGUGGAUUUGCUGGAACGCAGAAUCGCUGCCGUGAGCGGCGGAGAUGAUCUUCCUGGCCUCGAUUACAGCUACUACGAUCCGGAGGAUUUAUCGGCGACGGCAAAAGAAGACGUCUCCGUCGACGGCGACGGGACGAUGUACAUGUUCGUCAAACGCCCGCCUCCGAUGACGUUCCUUGACAGGAAGACCGGGAACGGGUAUUGGAGGCCCAAUGAUUCGAGGAAGAUGGUCAAAAACAGCAAAGGAGAAGAAGUGGUGAGCAAGGCUUCACUGUCCUUCUACUAUCUCAAGCCUACCGAUGACGGCAGUGGGAUCAAUGGUUGUCGCUCCGAGAGGACGCUAUGGCGAAUGCACGAGUUUGCCUCAGUGGCUGACGAGAGGAUCGCGCUGCGCGUGGUGUACAAGAGGGCCUAGGGAGGAGUGCCUCCCCUGUUUUUUUUUUGUUCUUUGGAAGGAUCCUCUGUUUCUUUUGUUCUGGUUUUCCUGUGUUGAUUUGCUGAAAGUUAGUGUCUUUUAUCUGGGGAUUGUGGUUAUUGUAUCUUAUUUUACAGCCUAAUUCCAUCAGAAUUUGCUUUGUACUUUGAACACUAUGUAUGUUGUCACUGGUCGAGACAAGCUAAGAGAGUGAAUGCCGUUGUUCUUCAUUGAUCGCGGCCUGUAAAAUGAUGAACUGGAAACCAACACCACAGCAAAAACACAGUGUCUCAGCAUUCCAGCUCAACAACAGUCAGAAACCAACGACGGAAGUGCACCAUAAAAAACCAAGUAGUUAUUGGUAAUCGAAAUCAGUAAUGUUGCACGUCAAAAAGCAUUACCAACAUCCUAGGAGAUUGAUCAUCUGUGAAGUGUAUCGCCACUACAACAAACUGCCAUAGUACUUGUAGUUAUGAUUCACAAGGAGAAAACUUUCAAGGUGGUUGCCUUGGAGAACCAGAAAGAGAGGAAGCAGUAGACAAACAUACUGUAGAAGGCCUUCAACUGAGGUUGCUGGCCUCGAAUGAGCUCAGUUUCUACCUCCAAAUGGGGAUUCGCCUCUUUGAACGAAGGAAGGUGCGACUCGAUGAAUGCCCUUUUAACAUCAGUUGAGCAAAUCAAUAACCUCACUUAUAGCAGAAGGCAAGAGCCCAGUUUUAUGAGAUGGAAAUACAUUACAAGUUCAUCCUAAUUAAAAAGGCAGGAGCCCAGUAUUCAGCAUACGAACAACAGGUAGUGAUCACCCAGUGUAUCAAUGAAGACAUGAACGUAAGAACUCAGGUCCAGAAGACUGCUUCAAUACACAUCUGGGUUGAAACAUGAAAUGCCUACGUACCAUUCCAACCAUAGGUGACAAAGGAGCAACUGAAUUUCCAAUGCUCGUUCCAGGAUUCAGAUAGGCAGCAGCAAAAGUUGGUAUUGAGGGGGCCUGUAUGAAAUAUACUUCUGUUUGCAAGCAAGGGAAGAAGGAACUAACGCUGUUGGCAUUUUCCAACUUCAGAAACCCUUCUUGCCUUCACAACAGCUGCUUAAGUGGCUAUGGAAGCAUCAGAUGUGCCAUUGUCCAGCAUUUAACAGCUUAAUUCCAUAAAAUUUGCAAGGACUUUUAACACCAUUGUCAUUGGUCUAGACAGCUAACGGAAUUCCUUCUUCACUGAAUCUUAGACAAAGAGAAGCCUGCAAGCAACUUUGCUUGCCGUUCAACAGCAGCAGAGUAUUAUGUGGCCUGUAAAAUGAUGGCAAGAAACCAAGACAACAAACACAGAGUGUCGGGGCAUUCCAGCUCAACAACAGGACUUCAACAGUCUAACCAGAAACUAGCAUCUGCAAAUAUAUGUAACAAACUUGAUGUUAUCACAACAAUCCAGCUUUACUAUCACGACUCAAAGACUCGGCUUCAAAAUGACAAUGACAGUGAAGGACACCACAGAAAGCCUUGUUCUAUCAGUGCUAUAGGCCAUUGUAGUUGAGGAGUGUCCUGAAUCAUAGUAGUCUUGCUAAUUUAGCCAAAAAUUUCUGUCCACACUUAGGUGGAAAAGGAUCUAUCAUAUAUGAAGAAUAUAAUGUGUCGAAUCUGAAUGAUAAUCGUGAUAAAUUGUUGGACUAUAUGAAACAGGAUAUUCGUUUGUUAGGUAGUGUGAUGCAGAAAGCACAAUCUAUUUAUUUUGGAAUAAAGAAAAGAAAGCAAGGAUAGAAUUGGAAUAGAAAGUUAGGCCAAAAUCAUUUGUUUAAUUGUUUACAAUCUCUACUUUAAUGAGAGAUUCUAAAUAAUUCAUUAUGAGGGAUUGUGAGUGGACCCCAAAAAGGUAAUUCAUGUAUUUGAACCCAAAUUAAACCAAAAAAAAUAACUUAAUCUCCUCAAUACAUGUAUUGGCUAAAU